GCGCCGUGCAGCCCGGUUAAAAAGCCUUGUGAGUGGCCGGUCGGCGCUGAGGAGAGACUCGGGGUGUAAACCUCGGUGAAGCCGUCCUCUUUCCGCGACAUCCUCCACUUCACUGUACUGUACUGUGUACCACACGAUGUCCAAACCGAAGUUUCAGACGGAGUGGGAGGAAAUUGACGAGGAAUAUCAACAAUUACAGGAAAAUCACAAAAUAUACAGACAGAAACUCGAGGAGCUCACCAACCUACAAACGACGUGCAGCAGCGCCAUCAGCAAACAGAGAAAAUGUCUAAAAGACCUACGCUACAGCUUGGCCAAGUGUGCACAAACAUGUGACGAGAAGGAACUGGAGCUAAUAACAGACAUCAAGACACAAAUCAAAGAUAAAGAAAAUGUCUUCUUUGAUAUGGAAGCAUAUUUGCCAAAGAGAAAUGGGCUGUACCUGAAUUUGGUCCUGGGAAAUGUGAACGUAACUCUUCUCAGCAACCAGGCAAAAUUUGCCUACAAAGACGAGUAUGAGAAGUUCAAGCUUUAUAUGACGAUAAUCCUGAUGUUUGGAGCAAUAACCUGCCUCUUCUUUCUCAACUAUCGAGUCACUGAUGAAAUCUUCAACUUUUUGCUGGUGUGGUACUACUGCACACUGACCAUAAGAGAAAGUAUCCUCAUGAGCAACGGCUCCAGGAUCAAAGGCUGGUGGGUGUCUCACCAUUAUGUAUCCACCUUUCUGUCCGGGGUGAUGCUUACCUGGCCGGAGGGGCCGAUGUAUCAGAUGUUUAGAAGCCAGUUCCUUGCGUUCUCCAUAUAUCAAAGCUUCGUUCAAUUCCUCCAGUAUUACUACCAGAGUGGCUGCUUAUACAGGCUGCGAGCUUUGGGGGAGAGGAAUCAGCUGGACCUCACAGUGGAGGGAUUUCAGUCCUGGAUGUGGAGAGGCCUCACUUUUCUUUUGCCGUUCCUCUUUUUUGGCCAUUUUUGGCAGCUGUACAACUCGGUGACCCUGUUUCGCCUGGCAGGACAUGAGGACUGCAAGGAGUGGCAGGUAUUUAUGCUGGCGUUAACCUUUCUCGUCCUCUUCCUGGGAAAUUUCCUCACUACGUUAAAAGUCGUCCACCAAAAGAUUCAGAAAAACCAGGAAAAGGUGCAAAAGAAUGACUGACUGAGACAAAAACACAACGAGACACCUCGAAUUUGUUAGAAACGGCCAGUAAUUUUGAAGCAACACGCACAAUCGCUUGAUGGACUGACCACAGUCUGAUCAGCCCGGGAGAAGACGAAACUGAAAACCACUGUUUCUCUCAGGCGUCAGUGGCAUCAGCAGCAGCAGCAGUCCAGCCAAAGUAUCUGGCACAAACCAGGCUUCUGCUUUCUAAUGACUCGUCGUCGAUGUUGUUGCACGGUCGGUCACAGCGUUCACCUGAUAGACAGUUUGUCGCUUUAUCCUGUACAUAAAACAAAACAAAAAUUGAGUGGAAAGAAUGUGUUUUUAUUUGGGUGUUUGUGUCAGUCAGCGCAUGAAUCCUAUCAGAGAGCCUUUGUUCAAAUCAUAUGCAACUAAAAGAGGGCAGGUAGCAUCGAUUAACAGAAUAUAGUUUGCCUUUGAAGACCUAACGUCUGUCGUGUACAUGCUUCAUACUUCUGUGAAGUAGUAAUGGUCAAACUGUCUCUUGUCUCAACGUGGCACUGCGCUUCGUCAUCGUUUCAUGUGUAGUUCUCAGCUCCCUGUUGUGAUAUUUCACUUAAAAAAACAAAACCUAAUACUUCACUGGCCAAGAUAACCUCCAAUUUUCAAGAAAUAAAUGUUUUUGUUGUUGUUGUUUUCAGAGUUGGGAUUACAAGGAAAUGCAGGACUGUUUCUCACUUCAGGCAGCAGUUACAAAAGCCAUAACUGUUGUUUUUAUGAUCUAACUUCUAAAAUGGGUCAGCUGGUUAAGUCACAACAGCAUAAACGUAUAAAAACUUGAACUGUCUUUACAAAACGGUUAUUCCGAGUGGGGAUUUUCAUGUGAACAACAGCUCUCAUUAACAUAAUGUUAACAAACUGUAAUAGAUAUACAUUUAUUAUGUUUCACUAAUGCAUAUUAAACCUCAGAUUCUGUUUUAACACUUGACACAUUUAUCAUUACUGAAAAAAAAACCUUGUAUUAUGAUCAAAUGCUGCUAUUAGAGCUGGUACGAUAAGUCUAGGAAGAUAUCGAAUGAUGUGCUGGAUUACUGUUUUUCUAAUUCCAAUCAACAUACUAAAUAAAAUAUUUGUAUGAAUUAACUUAUGGCCAAAUGUGGAGGUUGUGCUCUAGUUCACUGUAGUGUUGUCUGGUUUGUGUUUCAUGCUUGUUUUGAAGGGUCUUUUUGUGUGUGUUUUUUUUUUUCAGCUAAAGUUCAGGUGGGCUCAAAUGAACAGCUGCAGUAGUGUCAGGUCUCUAAUGCCUUAUUCUCCCUCCAGCCUGUCACAGCAAAAAAAAGUCCUUUUAUUUUGAAAAAUCAAGACCGUAGCGUUAGAUUUAUUUCCCACAAUCGUGCUGAAGAGAAUCACUGUCUGUGUGUAUCACUUUUAUUGAGGGUGGGGGCGAGGGGAUUCAAAGUUACAGACCAAAAUGUUACAUUUGAUGCGAGAGCUGCCAGAAUGCACAAAACAACUUGAUUUCCUCAUUUUU